GGGGGUUUGAGCAUGUUUGGGGCUUUGCAGUGGAUCAAAAUGUGGAUUUCGUGCCUUGGCAAUGCAGACAUGCUUCCCGACUGCUUGUCCAAAGUUUCGCAUACUUUGGAGACCUUAAGAGUGCUACGGAGACGCUGUCAGAGAUACCAACAAUCUAUCAAACAUGCUCACGCUAGAAAAUUUGCGACCUUGGCCAAGAAAGCGUUCUAGGGUAAGAUAUUUUUCGGGGUACGUUUCCCGCAGGACUUCAACCAUUUUCCUUCCUUCACCAGUCUUUUCUGUCAAGAAAGCGUAUCACCAAAAGUUCAGCAAAUAUGCUUUCAGUUAUCCAGCGACACAUUCAAGAAGCAUCUAAUACCUCUCUUCUGGAGCCGCAUUGGGGAUAUGUCAAUCGAGUUCUCCCUUGUACUAAUGAUGUUGGGUCUUGUGAAUACUUGGAUUCCGUGUACUGGAUGCACGAUGUCUCCAUGCUUUAUACCUUCAUUCUUUGGGCGGCUAUUGGCUUCACGUUGAUAGUUAUUUUCGCUCUCCGUGUUUCAGAGCCGUGGCCCAGCUGGAAGAAGACGCAAGAUGGGCAUGGGGAUCAAAUCAUUCGCCGGCCAGCCAGCCUACAUUACAGGUCUUGGAGAGCAGUUCGAGCUACAUUCAGAAAGUGGAUUUUGCCCGAAGCGUUCGUUGCUUUCUUUGGAAAUGUUACCAGACUGCAACUUCUCGUUCUCGCGAUCUUGCUAGGUUACCUUUUGAUAUUUUCCUUUGUAGGAAUAGUUUACAAGACGUGGAUUACCCCAGUCAAGAACUCGACUCUACACAAUACUCGAACUAGGCUUGGAGGUUUCGCUGAUCGUGUUGGGGCACUUGCUUAUGCUUUGACUCCUUUGACCAUAGCCUUAUCAUCUCGAGAGUCUAUUCUCACUCUCAUCACUGGCAUUCCGUAUCAAUCCUUCAACUUUCUGCACCGCUGGUUAGGGCGAAUCAUUCUCAUUCAGUCUUUCCUCCACACGCUGGGAUGGACACUCAUCGAAGGCCGUUUCUACCAACCCCAGCCUACCACAUUCAAAAAUUUCAUCAAUGAGACCUAUAUUGUCUGGGGCUGCGUUGCCAUAUUUUUCAUCACAUUUCUGUAUAUUUUCAGUUUGAGAUGGGCCAUUGCGCUUACAGGGUACGAGGUUUUCAGAAAGGCCCAUUAUGUUGUUGCCGGACUCUAUCUUGGGGCAUGCUGGGCGCAUUGGAGCCAUCUAGCUUGUUGGAUGAUCGCAUCACUUGGAAUUUUUGGGCUGGAUAGAGGAAUAAGAUUGUUCCGAACGGCCAUGAUACAUAGCGGACAUGGAGGGGGUACAAAGGGAUUCGGAUUCCACUGUGUUCAAUUGAGCCUACGUUAUUUCCACGACGAGGAUGGUGGUGUGAUCCGUCUCAAAUUGCAGGACACUCGCAAAUCAUGGGCGGUUGGUCAGCAUUACUUCUUGACCUUUCCAGCCCUCACAAUAUGGCAAUCACAUCCGUUCACAGUUGCUUCCGUUCCAGGACAGCAUCACUUCAUCAUCCGCUGCAGAAAAGGGGAAACUAGCCGACUCAAGAGGUUGGCGACUCAGACAUCGACGACUUCCGAAGGGGUCCCUACCUUGAACCAAACUCCAGUCGUACUCUGUGGCCCUUAUGGGACGGCCCUGCUUACCUCGAAGUCUCAACCAACGAAUAUUCUUGCCAUCGCUGGUGGAACGGGUGUAUCGCUUACACUGCCACUUGUGCUCGCUGCUACAGCUGCGCCUGAUUUUGCCGAAGUCGCUGUAGACUUUGUUUGGAUCAUACGUCGACAGAGCAACCUGCAAUGGAUUGCAAGCGAGCUGGAUGGACUGAAACGACGUGCUUCUUCGGGCGCCAUCAAUUUCCGAGUCCAUGUAUAUGUCACACAAGUAAUGGACGAUACGUUCACAGCUCAAAAUUUAGAAAAGUGCUUGCUUGGAGUAUCAAGUAAACCAGCAUCGGAGGCUUCAAACGGGGAGCGUCGGAUUGACGAGCUGGACUUUAACAUUACCUACACCAAUUCCGAACAUCCUUCCCUUUGUAACAUCGUUUCCGAAUUUAAAGACAGUCGUUCAAGUUCUGCAUUUCGCACAAGGGUGAUUGGUAGUGGUCCCGCAAGCAUGGGACAUGACUUGAGAGCAGCUGUGGCUAAAUGGAAUGACGGACCGAAAGUAUUGAGGGACGAGAAGCUUUGGGACAUGUCAUUGGAUUGGGAUGAUAGGAUGGGCUGAACACAAUGCAGAACGCUUUUUACCAUUAACUCUUACAUUAAUUUAGUUAGUCAUAUCUUAUAAAAAGUUUUCAGAGCCUCCG